AUGUCCCAAGACUCUGCUUGGAUGUCUGAAUCUAGCAAUGAACACAAAACCAAAAAUAUGGAGUUUGGCUACGUCCCUGGAUUCAUUAACAUGGGACAAAGGUCCCCUGACUUCCAUUAUCGAGCUAGAAUAAAUUCACAUGGAUUCUUGAUGAAUUUCGUUUUGUACAGAAGCGAGGCAACUGGGGAUAUUGGUUCAUCAGUCAAGCUGUUUGGACAACAAGAGCGUCAUCCUGUCAGAACUGUCUCCUGCAGUGAUUCCAUUCUAUACAAUGACAAGGCAUCUUUAAUAGGACGUCACCUUAAGCAUGCAGCAGGGGCCAUCACUGUUGCUUCCAACUCCCCGCGAAGCAAGGACGGAAGGCCGGACGCCCCAGACGCUCCUAAGUUUCUCCCAGCCCCUCGGCCCUUACUGCAGCAUGAUGCGGGAGCAGAGACCAAACGCAGCCCCGGACGGAGGCGGACGGAGGUUGGGCGAGAGCUCGAGUCGCCCCCAACCCCCAACCCAAAAUCGGCCCGGUUCCCUGGACCAACGGAGCCGGGACAGGUCGGCUGCAAGAUGCUAAGCCUCCCGCCCUCCCUCCUUCCCCGCUGCCGGUGCCCAGACCCCUGCCCUCCUCCGUCCUUCAUCCUCCCCGCAGCCGGUGCCCAGGCACCUGCCCUCCUCCAUCCUCCCCGCAGCCGGUGCCCGGACACCUGCCCUCCUCUAUCCUCCCCGCAGUCUGUUCUCCAUCCUCCCUGCAGCCGGUGCCCAGACACCUGCCCUCCUUCCUCCAUCCUCCUCGCAGCCGGUGCCCAGACACCUGCCCUUCUCCCUCCAUCCUCCCUACAGCCGGUACCCAGACACCUGCUCUCCUCUAUCCUCCCCGCAGCCUAUGCCCAGACACCUGCCCUCCUCCAUCCUCCAUCCUCCCCAGCAGCCGAUGCCCAGACACCUGCUCUCCUCCAUCCUCCAUCCUCCCCAGCAGCCGAUGCCCAGACACCUGCUCUCCUCCAUCCUCCCCGCAGCCGGUGCCCAGACACCUGCCCUUCUCCAUCCUCCCCGCAGCCUGUGCCCAGACACCUGCCCUCCUCCAUCCUCCAUCCUCCCCAGCAGCCGAUGCCCAGACACCUGCUCUCCUCCAUCCUCCCCUCAGCCGGUGCCCAGACACCUGCCCUUCUCCAUCCUCCCCGUAGCCGGUGCCCAGACACCCCUCCUCUAUGCUCCCCCAGCUGGUCCUCCAUCCUCCCCACAGUCGGUGCCUGCACACCUGCCCUCCUCCAUCCUCCCCGCAGCUGGUUCCCAGACAUGUUCCCUUCUCUAUCCUCCCCGCAGCUGGUGCCCAGACAAGUGUCCUCCUCCAUCCUCCCCGCAGCCGGUCCUCCAUCCUCCCCGAAGCCAGUGUCCAGACACCUGCCCUCCUCCCUCCAUCCUCCCCAGCAGCCGGUGCCCAGACACCUGCCCUCCUCCCUCCAUCCUCCCCCGCAGCCGGUGCCCAGACACCUGCCCUCCACCAUCCUCCCCGCAGGCGGUGCCCAGACACCUCCCCUCCUCUAUCCUCCCCCAGCUGGUCCUCCAUCCUCCCCACACAACUGCCCUGCUUCAUCCUCCCCGCAGCCGCAGCCGAUGCUCAGACACCUGCCCUCCUCCAUCCUCCCCGCAGCCGGUGCCCAGACACCUGCCCUCCUCCCUCCAUCCUCCCCAGCAGCCGAUGCCCAGACACCUGCCCUCCUCCCUCCAUCCUCCCCAGCAGCCGGUGCCCAGACACCUGCCCUCCUCCCUCCAUCCUCCCCAGCAGCCGGUGCCCAGACACCUGCCCUCCUCCCUCCAUCCUCCCCAGCAGCCGGUGCCCAGACACCUGCCCUCCUCCCUCCUCCCUCCCCAGCAGCCGGUGCUCAGACACCUGCCCUCCUCCAUCCUCCCCACAGCCGGUGCCCGCACACCUGCCCUCCUCCAUCCUCCCCGCAGCCCGUGCCCGCAUCCUGCCCACCUCCAUCCUCCCCGCAGCCGGUGCCCAGACACCUGCCCUCCUCCAUCCUCCGCGCAGCCUGUGCCCACAUCCUUCCCUCCUCUCUCUGCCCUGCCUGCAGCCAGGCAGGGCACCCGCCUUUCCGCGGCUGGCCAGUCGGUCCCCCUGAUCCCCCUGCCACGGGGAUAAUCCCCUCCGGACCCGGCCACCCCUGA